AUGGGUGUAAAUGCAAGCGCAUCCAGCAAAGUCCCAAUAUUGCAGACGACCAUCUCUUUCCCCUCGUGCUGGGCCUGUUCCUUCCUGCCUUACCGAGUACCUUACUCUUACCUUAUCAAUGAUUUCGCCAUCACGAAGGCUUCCAGAUUCCUCACUAAGAUAUAUAACAACCUCAGUACCUCAUCUAAGCACGCAGAGUAUCAUAUUGAUAUGCCUGGUGUCUUUUCCUUUUCCUCCCGCCCCCCAAUCUCGUACUUCAAGUUUUCCGGGCAUGCCUUUUUCACUUGGAGCCCUCCACCGCUCGCUUCCUCUCGGCUGUUUGCGUGCAUCUGUGGGACAAACGCCUCGCCUAGUGCCCACAGACGCAUCGUCGCAUCUGCACUUCAGUUAUGGUGGAUGCUAAUUCCGAGCAUAUUCUUUGUUGCUUUUGCUGCUGGACACCAGCUACGAGUCCUGCGACUGUCUUGCGUGGCUUUUGAGCACACCAACUCCCUCUCCCUCUCUUCCAGACUCAUCUUCGGGACUGCCUCUGUGGCCAGCUUUUUUUUCCCUCCUUCCCCUGUCGCAUUCUCGACUCAGACCCUACCGGCGUGCAGCUUAGCACCUCUCCUGCGAUACGCCGUCUGCUCUCAAGAUGGCCGCGCUUCAUCAAUCUCGCAGAGCAAAGGAAAACCUGAGCUUCGGGUGACCAGGCCUUCGAACAUUGAUCCUAUCGAUUGGUCAAGGGCCGCGGGUCACUCAUCGGGGCAAUACGAGCACACGAAUCGAAUCGGACACCACCUACCAUCGUCCCCGGAGCGCACAACUCAACUUGACGGCCCGGUUCAAGGCGCGAAGACGGGCGACAACACCAAGCAAGGCUCUGUGCCGUAG